UCUUUUCGCAGUUUUUCUUUGUUGUCCGUUUUCAUAUCCGUCGGCAACCUGCCUUCGGAAAACUAUAAUGAAAACGGACCACUGCAAUGUUCCAGAAAAUAUGCAAAUCUUACCUUCGAAGUCAGUUCUCUUUACUGCAACUCAACUUAUGACGGUUUCCUCUGCUGGCCACCAACGCUUGCUGGUGAAACCUCGCACCAACAUUGUCCCGAUAUACAGCUGAGUGACCCAACACAGUUCGCGUAUAGGCGCUGUAGCGGGGACGGCGGUUGGGCCGGGCGCCACGCCAACGAUAGCUCUCCAAACGGUUGGACUAACUAUACCCCGUGCUUUCCCCCUCUCGUCCAGUCACUAUUCUAUAAAGUGUAUGACGAUGAGGGCGAUGCUCAGGCAAAAUUCCGUAUCGCUGAAAUAACUCGUUAUUUGGAGAUGGUAGGGUACUCAAUCUCUUUUGUCGCUUUGAGUAUCUCUAUGCUUAUAUUUACUAUGUAUCGUUCUCUGCAUAACCGGCGCACCUUGAUACACCGCAAUUUAUUUGCAUCGAUUUUGGUCGAAAUUACAAUUCGGCUUGCUUUAUAUUUUGAUCAAUUUUUUGGACGUAGCAGAGAAUCAAGAAUCUACGGCAUUAAUUCAAUUCCCUACCUCUGCGAGGCUGCUUACGUCUGCUUAGAGUAUUCCGUCUCUGUGAUGUUCAUGUGGAUGUUCAUCGAGGGAAUAUUUCUCAACAACUUGGUCACGAAUCGGGCGAUGCGUACUCAUUGGUCGUAUACCACGUACUUUUUGAUCGGCUGGCUUGCCCCUGUAGUUGGAACGGUGGCUUGGGCCAUAACGACCGGAUACUACUACAAGGACGAAACGGUUAACAAAUGCUGGUACGGGUAUAAUUUCCAUUGGUUCUAUUGGCUUGCCCAGGGACCUAGAUGUGGCAUCAUCAUACUGAAUCUGCUAUUCCUGCUGAACAUCAUGCGUGUCUUGGUACUGAAACUUCACCAAACCAUCAACUCGGACAUGGAGAAAGUGAAGAAGGCGGCGCAUGCGGCCUUGAUCCUGCUACCCCUCCUCGGAAUGACGAACGUGUUCAGCAUGAUUGAAGCUCCCCUGGACAGUUCCGUUGCAGUUUUCGCGACCUGGUGCUACGUGACACACUUCUUCAGAUCCUUUCAAGGUCUUUUCAUCGCCGUCAUAUAUUGUUUUCUGAACGGCGAGGUUCAGACCGCAAUCAGGAAACACUACGCUAACUACCGCAUCAUGCGCGAAUACCGCCGCCGCCGCCGCCAAAACGUCAACAGCAUUUCAGCUCUUGCUCUAAGAGACGCAAUCGCCAUCCGCGAAGAGUUACCGAUGCAGGAACUAGGAGGAGGGCCGGGCUCAUCCACGACAAAUAACGCUAUCAUUUCGGACCCCGAAGAGGACAGUUGCACGGUUGAGUGUCAGACUCUAUGCUGCCACCGCCCGCCGACUCCACCGCGCCGCACGCCAGUCGUCGUCCAGUUCGCCGACCCCCCCCUCACGGGCGAAUGCCCUGCUGUUCCUGAGGACUACUACGACCCGCCGAGGACCACCUGACCCUCACGCUGGCCGAAGUACCCGGUCACCCCACGCGCUCACCGCGUGCAGUUCGAGCUGGGUCCACGUGCUGCGCGCAUGUAAAUCACUCGUGUAUCAGUGAUACCAAGGACAACUCUCGUAUAGACGAGAACUCUAAAGAGUAUGUUAAAGUUUAUCCAGUUCUGAUUGCAUAUCGAGUGCUGCAAGCAAAAACAGCGUCUUUCGUCAACAGCGGUUAUAUUGUAUGUGAUCCAGCGGCAGAUCGCGUAUCAAGUUACCACAUCAAUGCCGUCUCAAACAAUGCGCGUGUCAUUUCUCGGCAGCGCUUGCAAACACUGUAAGUGAUGAACGCGAGGCGGCAGAGAGAAUGGAUGCAUAACUGCAAUGAAAACUGGGAGGUGGUGAGUGACGUGGGAACUUCUAAAAUUGUGUGGUGCUAAGAAAAGGACUUGUCAUCCCUGCACAACUCAUACGUACUAUGUGUAGUGAGUGACAUUAGGGUGAAGCAGCAAGAAAUACCACUUAACAGUUUGUCUCGAAACGACGAUUUCACAGCAUAUUGUAUGCAAUCAGUAUUGUAACAGGAUCACGUGGUCUUUAGUGUAUUUAAAUUAUGUAGAAUAAUUUCGCAAUAGUAUCUAGGCUGAUAGAGCAAAAAGAAAAGCUUUCAAUACAGUUCAUUUUCAAAUAAGCUUGCUAAAAGAAGACAGCUCGAGACAAAAGUCUGAUUAAAGCUCUAUAGUCAUUUAAUUUGGUUCUGUUGAGAAGACAUUAUAUUAAGGACUUCGCUUCACGCAAAUACCGCUUGCUACGAAAAAAA